UUGCAGCAAAUUGCAAAACAAAUCAUCAAUGGCGUUGGCUCGGGUGUUCCUUCUGCUCCUCUUCUGUCUCCUUGUCUCUCAGACUACCUUUGGUCUGGUCCACCGGCUGAAAGAGGACCAAGGCCUCAGUGUCUCGGGCGAGAGAGUGUCAGAGCACAGUAGGACUGUUCUUUUAAGGAACCUGAGGGACCUUCCCAUUGGCCAUGAAGUACCACUACAAGAUACUAACCCACUGGCCCUCAUUCACUACUCAGGCAGUGACAGCAAGGUGAUUCUUAUUGUAACCUACCCAUCCAACCCUGCGUCAACCUGUAAUGUCUACAUUUCAACUGAUUAUGGUGGCACCUUCAGUAAGAUCAAUACACGUCUUCAGUCAACUGGCCCACUUCAUUUGUAUACAAAUAUCAUCAUUAGCCCCGAAGACUAUAGAACAAUAAUAAUUCCUCAUUUAUCUCAAGGUGCUAUGUACAUAUCAACUAACGAAGGGCAGUCCUUUACUUUACGGUCUUUCUCUCCCUCCACUAUCAAUCCUCGUACUCUCAAGUUCCACCCGACUAAGGAGAGCUGGUUCCUUGCACACGACCCUACGACAAGAACUUUGUAUGUGUCUCAAAAUCUUGGAACAAGUUUCAUUGAAAUAUCUAAAAAUGUGAACUCGACUCAUGAAUAUUUAUGGGGUAACAUGCCUUAUGAUGCUGAUCCCAGUACCAUAUACUAUAAUGUUGAUAGUCCUACUGAUCUAACUUCUGAGGUACAUCUCUAUGUUCAGAAGUUUCCCUAUACACCUGCUUCAAGAACUGAGUUUGAUUCUCACUUUGGAGUACAUGACGACUUCUUAAUGAUUGACAGAUACAUAUUUGCACAAAAAACAGUCAACCAGAGAGCUACACUGUACGUCAGUUAUGAUCGUAAACCCUUCCAGAUGGCACAUUUACCUUCAGAGCUACCUCAUCAGAAUUAUUAUGUUGCUAGUUUGGAUGCCAAACAAGCUCUUGUGAUAGUACAACACACCAAUGGUCAGUUUAACCUCUACCUCUCAGAAGAAAUGGGCAUAUACUAUUCUCUCUCACUCCCUGAUAUUGUGUACGGUAAUGGAGUACUGGACUUGGAAAUUGUUGAUUCCAUGAACGGCACCACUUACAUAUGCAAUCAGAACAUUCCUAAUUCUGCCGUUAGGACUCUCAUCUCUUUUGACGCUGGAGGAAACUGGGAAAUGCUCCGCCCACCAACUGCAGACACAACUGGGAACAGAUUAGAAUGUAUUCUGCCGUCGUGUUCCUUACAUUUGCACAUGUCAUCAAGUCAGUACUGGAGGACUGGGGUCUACUCCACUGCUUCAGCACCUGGGAUUAUUAUAGCUCAUGGUGUUACAGGUGCUAAGUUAAAUGAUUCAAAUGUAAAUUUAUUCAUAUCACGAGAUGGGGGUGUGUCCUGGAAUAUGACAUUAAAGUCUUCCUGGGGUGUCAGUGUGUUGGAUUAUGGCGGACUCAUUAUAGCAGCUCAGGACUAUCAUCAGUUUCAGCAGACCCCUUCAAGGCGGUUGGCUUAUUCUUGUAAUGAAGGAAGGUCAUGGAGUUACUUCCAAUUCUCUCAAACCAAUACUGUUGUGUUUGGAGUCAUCACUGAGCCUGGCCAGGGAACCGCUGUUGUAAGUCUGUAUGGCUGGCAGUCAGCUAGUUCUGGUUGGGUUGUGAUUCGAGUUAAUUUCACCAACUCAUUUACAAGAUCCUGCACUGCCAAUGACUACUACAUGUGGACUCCUUAUGACGCUAAGUCAGAUACCGGUUGUUUAUUGGGUGCUAGUGUUCAGAUAGAAAGACGUAAUCCGUUCACUUGUUGUCGCUCAGGGAAGGAAUACUCCCAUAAUGUUAUAUACAGUAUAUGCUCCUGCAUUGAAGAGGACUUUGAGUGUGAUUAUGGGUAUGAACAUGCCAAUGGUAUUACUGGCUCCUGUAUAAGAGAUGAGUCAAUCAGUUUACCUGAUCCUUGUGCUACCAGUGGAGUAUCUGUGUAUUAUCAAUCACAAGGAUAUCGUAAGAUUGGUGGUGAUGUGUGUACUGGAGGUAUAGAGGGUCAGUAUGCUGCUGUAGAGAAGUCUUGUUGUGUGGGUGGAGUCAAUGUUACCACGUCAGGUACAGCUGGUGUUGUUACUGAUAAGGAAGGUGACAAUAUUGCAGUGCUGAUGGGAGUAUUGCUACUAGUGGCACUAUUUAUUAUACUAACAAUGUUUAUUGUUAUGAUAAUACUUGUUGUUAAAUAUAUAAUUCGUCCCAAACCUAGUUCUGGUGUUUACAGUAGAGUUCCAGCUGAUGAAGGACACGUCCAGUAUAGGAAUGGAGCUGAGAGUCCUACUGAUGAUGAUGACGAAAGGCCCCUCCCUUUAUAAAUUAA